AGGGUUCUGAUGAGGAAUUUUCCGUUAUAAAUACACUUAUACACCGAUCACCUUUUCAAGAAACACAGAGACUGUGAGUUGAGACGACACUCUCUUCUCUUCAGUUCGGAGAUCACCGGGAGAUGAAGAUGAUUACGAGUCGCCACUUCUGCACACUGACCUUCCUCGUCUUAUUCCUUUCCGCCGCGCCGGGAGACUCUUCGUCGGAGGAGGAGGAGGAGGAGGAGGAGGAGUGCGUGUACACGCUGUACGUGCAGACGGGACCGAUGAUCAUGGCAGGAACCGACGCCAAGAUCAGCGUGGCCCUGGGUAAUGCCGAGGGUAAAUUGGUGCAGGUGCCGGAUCUCGAGAAAUGGGGGAUCAUGGAACGCGACCACUAUUACUAUCAGGAGGGGAGCCUCGACGUCUUCAGCGGCCGGGGACCUUGCAUUGACUCCCCUCUCUGCUGGCUGAACCUCACGUCCGACGGGGGCUCCCAGUUUAACAGCUGGUACUGCGAUUUCGUGGACGUGACAUUGACAGGACCCCAUAAACGCUGCAGCAGGGCCUUCUUCUUCGUCCUGCAAUGGCUUUCAACCGACCAUCCUCCUUUCCGACUAAACGCUUACCUAGAUGGCUGCAAUCUGCAACAGCAGAAGGUGCAUACUCCUCGAAAUGGCACUCUGGUGGUUCGGAACAGCGUAAUAAGAGAAGGAUCUUCAGCCUGAUGCAGUGUGAUGAUGCAAUGAACAUAAGUCUCAGUUCGCAGUGUAAAAUACAGGGUUUACUCUUCUCGCAGUGUAGACUUUUGGAGACUAGGUCUGUGGGUCAGCUUGGUAUUCUCCCUUUAUCAGUUAAUCUCCCUUUCGAGAUUAACCUUGUGCUUGUGGGUUUGCAAUUUCAGUAUCCGAUUUUUCUGUUUUCUUAAUUAUAUUAUCUUUUUAUGGUUUAAAUAAAUAAUUAUGCUCUGUUUGGUGCGUUUUUUGCACGGGCUGUAGGUUUUUUAGAAGCCCAACAAUCAAUGUUUUCGGUUUUUUUCAUUUGGUUGGAAAAAGAUCUAACUGUAGAAAGAAAUAGUCUCGAAAAUAUACGAGAAAUCAGUUCCGGACUA